GCUGCCGGCUACGUAAUCUUAGAGAGAAUUUACUAUGUAAUUAGUUCCAUGCAUUCAGUGGCUGCUCACUUCACCCUGGGCAGGGUUCACAGCAAGUCCAGCCCUGGUAGGUGUAAGAUGAACAUGUAAUCUCCAGGCUUUUAGCCAAACCUCACAGUACUUCACUCUGCUGAAGAACUUCACUUGGAGAAAGGGAGGGUGUAUUAUGCAUAUGUAAGUAAUGGAAUAACAGAAAAAAGACAAGAUGAAAGUCAAUAAUACCUUGGCAAAGGCAUUGUAUGACAACAAGGCUGAGUGUUCAGAUGAGCUAGCCUUCCGCAAAGGAGACAUCCUAACGGUUCUCGAGCAGAAUGUCUUAGAGAGUGAGGGGUGGUGGAAAUGUUCCCUCCAUGGAAGACAAGGUCUAGCUCCUGCUAAUCGUCUCCAGCUUCUGACUGAUUCUCCCUCUUCUGAGCAUGAUUCUCAGGAAUUGCCCAUUGGUCAACAAAAUAUCUACCAGGUUCCAUCAGCUCCCAAGCCUUCCACAUUGUCACCUACAUAUGAACGGAUGGACAGUUGGAUUAAGCCACCUCCUUCUUCAGUUUCUUCUCCACCUACUCAAGAAAUAUAUCAAGUGCCAGCUUUGGCUGCACAGUUACUCAGCGAAAAGACCCAAAGCCUAACCAAUCAGCACCUGUUUACUCUUCCCACAGCAUCUCGGGCCUCCAUACCAAAUAUAAGAAGUGAGGUUUAUGAUGUUCCAUCACCACAACUCCGGAUGGCCUUAUUCACUCAGAUCUAUGCUACUCCACCCACAACCAGAAAGGGCUCUGUGCCGAUCCUCUCCAAAGAAUACUGCCAGACAGAGAAGCAACAGCUUUAUGACAUCCCUUCCAGCCUGGAAAAGGCAAAAAUCCAUGUCCAGCAAGACUCUCCAGUGGGCAGUGUAUAUGAUGUCCCCCCCACAACUGCUCGAGACCAUGACAUUUCACUACAAAAUAUGUCUCAAAGAAAAUGUUUGGGUCAUUAUAAUACCUUGCCAAAUCCACGGAAGUCAGAAUGGAUUUAUGAUAUUCCAGUAUCAUCUGAAAAAACAGGUUUAAAAAAAGACCCUUCUGAUCAUUCCCCGGAGAAGCAGGAGUUCUAUGAUAUACCACCAGCCAGAUAUGGUGCUACCUUGCAAAAUGUUCCAUCAACAAAUAUCAAAAGCAAAUUGGUGAGCCCACAAGUGUAUGAUGUCCCACCAGUACAGAGAAAAUUGACCUUCCCUCAUAAUGAUAUCCCUCAUUAUGAUGUACCAUCCUCACGGGACAUGCUACUUUUGCGGCAAAAUGGUAAUUAUCAUGUUCCUCCAAGCUUUCUGAUUCCAAAGGUCGAGCCACAGAACUUGGUACAAAAUGUUUAUGAUAUUCCAAAAGUGCUCCCUGUGGCUUCACAGCAUGGGAAAGGCACUGAGAAAAACAACUGUAGUUUUGGAAACCAUACUUACAACAUUCCCCCACAGCUGUCAAAAGAUGCCAAAUUAGAACAAGACAGAUUAUCAGUUUCCAGUAUGGAUAGCAGGACCAGCACCCUAUCGACAUCAUCAAGCACUUCUGCUGAGUCCUCUUCUAUGUCAUCAUCAGAAGAACCUGCUAAAGAAAUUAAAUUGGAGCUUGAUGUAGCCAUAGAGACACUGACUAAGCUACAGCACAGUGUAUCCAGUUCAAUUGCAAGUUUGAUGAUCUUUGUAAGCAGUAAGUGGAGAUUCCAAGAACACCUGGAGACAAACCUCGAGGAAAUCCAUAGAGCAAUUGAUCACAUAAAAGUAUCUUUGGGUGAAUUUUUGGACUUUGCUCAGGCCAUCAAGAUGAAUGCUUCUUGUGCCACUGACAAUAACCUUCAAACCAGAAUUAAUAAACAGCUGAAAAUUCUUACAGACUCAUUCCAGAUCUUGGUACAAACAAGGAAAGCACUGAAUAACUGCAACUGGUCACUGGAAGUUUUGGUCAUUAAGAAACCUCAGACGAGCCCAGAUGAUCUUGAUCGGUUUGUUAUGGUUGCCCGCACAAUUCCAGAUGAUAUCAAGAGAUUUGUAUCUAUCAUCAUAGCAAAUGGAAAGCUUCUCUUUAGAAAGAAUUGUGAGGAACAAGAGACCAAGCCACCAAACAUUGGCACAGAUCAUAAAAUGGCAAAGCAGAUCUCAACACAUAGAAGAAUAGAACUAGAUUCACUCCAAAGCAAUCCUUUCAAUAAACCAAACAAAAUUAAAUUCUCUUCUGAGAAAUCAAGAGAAAAUGCCAUUGAAGAUUGUGAUUAUGUUCAACUGCAGAAGUCAUUUGUGUCGAAACAGGAACAAAAACCCCUUUCAGCUAAAGAGGUAGCAAAGAAGACUGCUGAUUUAAAAACAAAGGUUUUCCCACCUGCAAAAAAGGAUAAUAUUCAGAGCAAUAUGGACUUGGCAAAGAAAAUCUCUCUCUCAGAAAACUGUAGACUGUAUUUUGGUGGCCUUCAGAAAGCCAUUUGUGUAUUUACCAGUAGUCUUAGCAAUAGCCAACCACCUGAAGUCUUCAUAGCACAGAGUAAAUUGAUCAUUAUGGUGGGACAAAGGCUGGUGGAUUCUCUCUGUCAGGAAACUCAAGAAAAGGAUAUUCGGAAUGACAUCCUCCGCAGCAGCAGCCAGUUUUGUAGCCUGCUGAAGAACUUGGCUGUUGCUACCAAAAAUGCUGCAGUGCAGUAUCCAAAUACAGAGGCGGUUCAAGAACUUCGAAAUCAAGCGGAUGAGCUGUCUAAAUACACUCAGCAAUUUAGAGCAAUGAUGGAAUGAAGAAGUCUUCCCAUUCUUAGAAGAGAGUCUUGGUGAAACCAUUAGGAUUUUCCCAUAUUUCUGGGGGCUUACCCCUCAACUAUAGCAUCCUGAGGGCUGAUGAAGAAAGGACUCCACAAAGAAUCCCAAUGCCAGUCUUAAGUCAGCCAUAUCCUGUACAGGUUGCUAUUGAGCAAUGAAAGGUGUUCCAAAUCCCUGUGUCAGUGAGCCUCCAGGACUGGGUUGACAGAUUUGGGUUAAUGGGGUUUGUUCUGGUGCUCUAAAAACAGACAUAUAAACAGCAUUUUGAUGUGGCAA